UCCACCCGUAAGGCCAACAUAUUAUUCUUGAUUACAAUGCAAAUGUACAUACAAGACAGAGCGUACCUAAUUUCUUCAAUCUAUUAUGGCCGGAUUAUAUAAUACAGUAAUAGGUUAGCCGGCAAGAUGGUUUUCCUCAGCUUCUUGGUUGUCAUCUACUAUCAAUUUCGUGGCAGCAAGAAAAGCGGCCUCCUUAGAUUCCAUAUCCCUUUGCCGUAGCUUUUUGAUUGCUUCUGUGCACACAGUAUCAUAUCUCACAACCAUAUUCUCUUUGAACCUCUUUUUACACUAAUGAUUCUAAUAUAAUGAAGUCACAUCUGUCUCUUCUAUCUUUCUAAAUCCUUCUUUAGCCUGCCACUAAACGAUUUCAAUCUUUUCAAUUAAAUAUUUUUCCUGUGGCAUCCAUUUCUACACUAACUGGUGUACUGGGUGCAUCCCACAAAUUGAAACGUUCCUUCUUGUUAUUCUUCUUCUUCAUCCAACAACACGAAUACAGAAGAUCCUCAUUUCCUGUGUCUAAGUGUGUGUGUGUGUGUUUAAUUAGCAGUUAUUUUCCUCUUGUAGUGACACAGUGGAAUGGCACUCAAAAGCAGUUCCUACCAAACUUCUGCAACGCCAAUUUCAUUGUUUGCUCACUUGGUCUUCAUAGCAAUCUUCAUUCUUGUGCUGGUUUGGCUUCUCAAAUUCAGGGAAGGACUUUCCUUCAAAUCAGAUAACAAGCUGAAGCUUUUCAAUCUGCACCCCUUGUUUAUGGUCAUUGGCUUUGUCUUAAUCUCAGGACAAGCUAUCAUGACAUACAAGACUUUCCCAGCAACGAGAAAGAGACAGAAAUUGGUUCACAUGACUUUGAAUUUCAUUGCUCUUCUUGCUGCCAUCGUGGGAUUGUAUGCAGUUUUUCAGUACCAUCAUGACCUUGGAAUCCCGCAUGUGUAUACCUUGCACUCUUGGUUUGGCAUUUCUACUGCCAGCUUAUUCUUUUUGCAGUGGCUGUUUGGCUUCUUUGCCUUUUGGGUCCGAGCCAGAGACUCCACAACUAGAGCAAAUUUAGCACCAUGGCAUGUCCUGCUUGGCAUGGUUAUAUUUUCCAUGGCAAUAGUGAGUGCUGUGACCGGCUUGAUUGAGAAAUUCACCUUCAUGAGCUUAAGAAGAGGGCAAGAGGCAUUGAUUGUCAACUUCACUGGCCUCCUCAUCUUCCUUUUUGGAGUAUCUGUUGGCUGCACUGUUCUUCUUCCAAGAAGUUAUUAAAGAUGGUAGUCAUUGGAAAAUGUUCUUGUCUUUGGUUAUAUAUACAUAUAUAGUUUGGCCCAAUAUUGCAGUUAGACUAAAACAUGUUUAAUCUUUUAUUUGUUCACUUGGAUCGCUCUAGCUUAGAGUAAUGAUUCCCAUGUUUGUUACAAGUGUUCUUGAGUAUUUGAAUAGUUUAUUUGGUCAAAUAGUUCUUUUGAAACCUGCAUUUUAUGCAUGAGAUCUGUGACAUUGGCAUGUGAACUUUUUGGGACUAUUGGAGCUGGAAAAUGGCCAUCAUUUGUGUA